AUGGAUGCCCGUGUGGUCGACUAUCUGGACGACAAACUACAGACCGUGGGGGACCUCGAGUCACUUGAUGCCUUACUGGAAAGCAUUCACGCCCAGCAAGGCCUCCUCAAACAGCAACUCCAUGAUGCCCAGAAGGACUUGUCCGAGGCGAAACAAACUGCACGGGAGCAUCAAGAAUCGCUGCAGGCUCGGGUGGCGAACUUCAACACCCAACAAUCCGACAUCGACCGCCGGCUGCUGGUCAUCACUGCCUCCGAGACCAGCGAUGAAGCUGUCCCUCGCUUCGAAGCCGUUCUCGAUUCCCUCCAACGUUUGGACAUGGCAAAUGCCUAUCUCGAACUGCUUCAGCAGAUCCACGAAUUGAGCGAGGAGGCGCAAAUGCAGCUCAAGACCUCUAACGAGGCUGCUCUGGCUCCAUACAAGCAGUUGCGCGUACUCCACACCCGCCUGAUCCGUCUACAAGACGAUGCCGAGGGUGCUGCCCCUCAGCUACUCCACCAUGUACACCAGAUCACACAGUCUCUGCGGAGUCAGAUCCUGGAUGCCUUCUCCUCGCAGUUGCAGACGGUUCUGAAGAAGAUUCGAUGGCCUAGACCAGAUGCCACCAUCCCAAGCACGCUGCAAAGUGAGUGGGAGAUCGCCAUUACCAACUUGCUGGACUUGCAAAUCCCCGAACUUGAAACUAUGGCCUACACAAAAGGUCCAGGCGACAAGAUCCAGCUUCCUGCCGUCCUGCUACCUUUCGAGGUGCUUGUGCGGCCGCUUGAGAUGCGUUUCCGCUAUCACUUCGAAGGAGACAAGCCCACGAACCGAAUUGACAGGCCCGAGUACUUCCUCACGCAUAUUACAUCGCUGCUGAACGACUACAGCGGCUUCGUUGCCGAUUUCAUGCAGCCAAUCCUCCUCAAGCGCUUUCGGGGGACGGAAUUGGUUCUGAAUCCCGUCUACAUAGAUGCGACAUCCGCCCUCAUUACCGCAACUCUACCCAUGUUGAGGACGAAGGUCGGCUCCUUACUUGCGCAGGUUGCUAGUCAGCCUCAUCUACUAAGCCACCUGGUACAUGAAGUUAUGGCCUUCGACACGACCAUCAGGGAGGAAUGGGGCUACGACGGCGGCUAUGGUGUGGAGAGGUGGAAGGGACUUUCGUGGGAGUUCCUCGCACAAGGAGACUGGUUCGGCCGGUGGCUACAGGUUGAAAAAAACUUUGCACUUGCUCGCUACCAAAGUAUCGUGGAUGCCCCCGAUUUCGGAGAUCUGGACUACGAAAGCGUCGACCCCAAAGCCACAAAGCCCACCAAAGGUGCAAUGCGCGUCAAUGACUUGCUAGAAACCAUUACAGAUCGAUACCGCCCUCUUACAUCCUUCUCGCAAAAGCUUCGAUUUUUGAUCGAUAUACAGAUUGCCAUCUUCGACAAGCUUCAUGAGCUUCUCCGAAGCAACCUGGAAGCCUACCUUACCAUGACCACCUCAAUCGGGCGGGCGGUUGCAGGAGUCUCCAAGGAGGAGCAGGAAAAGCUGCUGGGCGUCGAAGGGCUUGAACGACUAUGCAAGACCUAUGGUAGUGCAGACUAUCUGGAACGGGCGAUGCGAGAUUGGAGCGACGAUGUGUUCUUCCUCGACAUGUGGGAGGAGCUCAAUCACCGUGCUCGCCAGGCCCAGAACAUCGGCAACAUGUCUGUGGCGGACGUUGCCGAACGCACGUCCAGCGCCGUGGGUUCUGCAGAGGAGGGUGGAGCCCUCUUUGACGAAACCGCCGCUUCAUACUCGCGCCUACGCAUCCGUAGCGAGCAAAUCAUCACCGACACGUUGAACAGCAAUGUGCGCGUGGCAUUACGUGCAUACCGGCAGAUCAACCCUUGGGCCACCCUCGGCAGCGUCUCAGUCUCACCAUCAGCGCACGCCGCGCCCUCACCGUCUGCAGAGCUCGACCCCCUUCUCGCUCAACUGUCAGCCACUUUUGGAUUUCUAUCUCGCGCUUUGGCGGCAGCUCCACUGCGCCGAAUUGCCAGAGCCGUGCUGGCGACCAUUUCAAACACCCUCUGGGAUACAGUCCUGACGCGCCACCGUUUCUCGACGACGGGCGCUGCCCAAUUGAACGCUGAUCUUGCGGCUAUUUGCCGCGUUGUGGAUGAGGCAGUAGGGCAUGGUGUUGCCGAGGCGGGCCUGAGGAAGUGUCUCGAAGGGGCGAGGCUCGUGGGGCUUCCCGUCAGGGGCGGGAGGUCGUCUUCGACUGGUGAGAGCGGCCCGCGAGGGACGACGAUAAGGUCAGGAGUUUCCGCAGAUGAGGCGGAGGCUGAGGCGGAAGACUGGGAUGCUUGGGGGGCGACGGAAGCAGAGAGGGAGGAGGGGAAGGAUGAUACUGGCGUCGGCGUCGAGGGUGGGCGUACGAGUGGGGAAGAGGACGCAGGCGAGUUGGGCUUGUGGGAAGUGGAGAGGAGGCUGUUUGCAGAUAAUCAGAGUGCGAGGGAGGUGCUGGAGGAGUUGGGGUUGGAGACGUUGACCGAGGGGGAGGCGAGGACGGCGUUGGGAAGGAGAGUCGAGUUGGCGGGCUAG